CUCGCUCUCGGAUCCAGCCAGAGGAUUAAACCCAAUGCCAACCUUCGGCUCUUUCCGGGCAGUGCACUCACUCCUCCCCUUCGAUGAACUUCGGCUUCUUCCGCCACCGCUUCGGGAAGGCCUCACGCACGGGACACAGCUUCGGUUUUUUCCGUCGGCGCUUCGGCUCCUUCCGGCUUCGGAAACCAAAAAGGGAGGGAGGACAGAGAUGAGGUUGGUCAGGAGAAGGGAUACAGAGAAAGGGCGGGGUCCCGGCUCUCUGCACCUGGCUCUCCGGGUGGGGAGAGCGGAGGAAAAGAAAGGCCGAUCUCGCGGAGGGCCUAAGAAGGUUGCGCGAGACAAAAGCAGCCAGCCGGGUGAAGGGUGUGCGCGGCCGCUGCGGAGGUUGCCAGCGCGGCUUUGUGCGCCUGCGCGGAGUGGAAGAGGAGGGGGGCGAGAUGGGCUUCUGCGCCUGCGUAGAGGUCGGUCUGAGGCGAGGUUUCUCACCGUUCGGGAGGCAAGCGGGUUCCAGAGGCCCCAGCACGCGUGCGCGAGACUUUCCCUUACUCCGGGAAAGCCCAGGCGCAGCAGGAGACGUAGAAGGCACUUCCUGAAGACCAGUAAUUUGGCAGUACCGCCGCCUGGCGGACGGGCGUGGAAGCCUCGGCCCAGACGUGUCGGUUGCCCCUCGCCGCGGUCGCUCCCGCUAGCGGUCGUUGAGUCCCGGCCCCUGCCGCCGCGCCUCUAGCCGAGCUAGCCCCGCCGGCAGUGUUCCGAGUUCCCUGGGGCACAGCUGCUUCUCCUCCCGCCCCUGCUGCCGGGGGUGCUAAUUACACCCUGUCUCCCCAAGCUCCGGCUCCCUGCCUGACCGCCCGCUCGGUGGAACAACCCGGAGCCCCCGUCACUGUCUCCGCGGCAACGGACACCCCCUCCAAGAAGAGGCCGGGCCUAGUUUACUCCAAA